UGGUGCUGUCCGACUGCCACGUGGCUCAGUAUUUAUCUCUGUGAAACCCAGAAGAAUUAUUUAAAAAGAAAGAAAGGAUGGAAAUUCCCUCUUUCUUCGAGUUAGCCUUACAGUCUAGGGCUUAAAAUACCGGUUUAAUGGUGAAGGUAACCGAUUCAAUCAAAACCCUAGAGCGAAAGUUGAGAGGCCACUGGUGCCAAUGGACACUGGGGACGAUGGUCACUUCUCUGAGGACCUUAUAAAAAAACCGUUGUGGUAAAAGAGAUUCGGGGCACAGGGAAACUCCACUGCAAAGUGUGGUACCAUUUCCUAGAGAAGCUAAAUGGAUGAGAAGCCUACCACCAGGAAAGGUCCAGAUUUCUGUUCCUUACGCUAUGGGUUGGCUCUCAUCAUGCACUUCUCAAACUUCACCAUGAUAACCCAACGUGUGAGUCUGAGCAUUGCGAUCAUUGCCAUGGUGAACAGCACUCAGCAGUAUGGUCUAUCGAAUGUCUCCACUGAGGGGCCUCUUGCAGACAACCUCAGUAACCUCAGCAGAUCCAUCAAAGAAUUUAAUACAAGAGACUCUGUAUAUCAAUGGAGCCCAGAGAUUCAAGGUGUCAUCUUUAGCUCCAUCAACUAUGGAAUAAUACUGACUCUGAUCCCAAGUGGAUAUUUAGCGGGGAUAUUUGGAGCAAAACAUAUGCUUGGUGCUGGUUUGCUGAUCUCUUCCCUUCUCACCCUCUUUACACCAUUGGCUGCUGACUUUGGAGUGAUUUUGGUCAUUGUGAUUCGUACAGUUCAGGGCAUGGCCCAGGGAAUGGCAUGGACAGGUCAGUUUACAAUUUGGGCAAAAUGGGCUCCUCCACUUGAACGAAGCAAGCUCACCACCAUUGCAGGAUCAGGGGUAGCAUUUGGAUCCUUCAUCAUACUCUGCGUAGGAGGAUUAAUCUCACAGGCCUUGGGCUGGCCUUUUAUCUUCUAUAUCUUUGGUAGCACUGGCUGUGUCUGUUGUUUCCUGUGGUUCACGGUGAUCUAUGAUGACCCCAUGCAUCACCCAUGCAUAAGUGUCAGGGAAAAGGAACACAUCAUGUCCUCACUGGCUCAACAGUCCAGUUCUCCUAGAAGAUCUGUCCCCAUAAAGGCCAUGAUCAGAUGCCUUCCACUUUGGGCCAUUUUCACGGGUUUUUUCAGCCAUUUCUGGUUAUGCACCAUAAUCAUAACAUACCUACCGACAUACAUCAGUACUGUGCUCCAUGUUAACGUCAGAGAUAGUGGGGUUCUAUCCUCCCUGCCUUUUAUUGCUGCCUCAAGCUGUACAAUUCUAGGAGGUCAGUUGGCAGAUUUCCUUCUGUCCAGGAAUCUUCUCAGAUUGAUCACUGUGCGAAAACUCUUUUCAUCCCUAGGGCUCCUCCUUCCAUCACUAUGUGCGGUGGCCCUGCCCUUUGUGGCUUCCAGUUACAUGACAACCAUUAUUUUGCUGAUACUUAUUCCUGGGACCAGCAACCUGUGUGACUCCGGGUUUAUCAUCAACACCUUAGAUGUUGCCCCCAGAUAUGCAAGUUUCCUCAUGGGAAUUUCAAGGGGAUUUGGACUUCUUGCAGGAAUUGUCUCUUCUACUGCCACUGGAUUCCUUAUCAGUCAGGAUUCUGAAUCUGGAUGGAGGAAUGUCUUUUUCCUGUCUGCUGCUGUCAAUGUGUUUGGCCUGGUCUUCUAUCUCAUGUUUGGACAAGCAGAAAUCCAGGACUGGGCCAAAGAGAGGACUCUCACCCGCUUCUGAGGAUAUAGAGUUGCAAACGUAAAUGUAGUACUGAGUGUCAACCUUUCAACAUUUUUUACUUACGCCCUUCUUUUUUUAAUAUUCUUGACCAUGGACUCAGCAGUUUUAACUCUGGCUAUGUUUUAGACUUCCCUAGAAAGCCUCUAAAACGUACUGAUGCCUAAGACCCUCCCUAGAGAUCCCAAAUGAAUUGGUCUGGGGUGGAGCCCAGAAACCACUAAUUUUUAGAUACUCCCCCAGGGGUUUCUAAGGUGCAGCCAGGGUUGACAACUGCUGGACAAACUUGAAAAGUCAGUUCCUGUUGCCUUUAAAUUUACCUCUUUGGAAAUUUAAUUCAAGGUGAAUAAAAAUCUGUGUGAAAAUAAUCACUGAUAAAUACCUUCAUGGGGGUGGUUAUUUGCUACAGAGAAGAUCUACUGGGAAUUGUAGCUAUAUGUUAUAGAGUUCAGCACAGAACAGAAUUUUGAAACUGUGAUCUACAGAAUUAACAUUUUUAUUGUUUUUUUUAUACUUUGUAAAAUAUGGAUGUUUAUUUAUAUGGUUAAACUCUA